CUGUGAAGGAACAAGGAGACUUACCAAUCCAGUCUAGGGCGUAUUUUUUAUAUUUCGUUAAACAGUUUAGCUUUAUUGGGGCAGCAUAAUGGCUGAUAAAAUGGAUAUGUCAUUAGACGACAUUAUCAAGCAGAACAGGCAGCAGAGAGGUGGAGGGCCGGGGUGGAAAGAGGCCGAGGCCGCGGAGGCUCAGGCGGCGGCCGAGGGGCAGCAGGCCCUGGGCGGCUUGGAGGAGGAGGAGGCGGGCGGCGGAGGAGCGUUUUGCAGGCCGAGGCGGCGGACCCGGACCCACAGGAUCGACAGAACCUGAGUCGUUGGCUAAGAGGCAGACCAACGCCUUACAACAGGGUAUGAGAAAAUUAGCGGAAUGGGCAAAAAAGGAGAAACCUUCGGCAAUCCUGAAAAUGCCUGGUUAAACUUCUGUUCUUCGAUAGGCUUGCAGCUAACCCCAUAGCCAGCUUGCUAGCCAGCGAACACAAUGUUCGCCAUAACCGCCGAGCUCCCUUCGACGGAGCUCAGUUGUUUGCAGUUAAGCUUAAUUGGAAGGUUGUAUACAUAGUGUGUCCCUUGGCCUUCUCCCACAACUUAUAUGUGUUACGUCAUUUUCAAGAAAAGUCCCAUUGGAGAGAGCGGCUAUCGGCUAACUAGCUAAAGUUGGAUCGUGAAGGCCUCGACAACGCCAUUUUGAAUCCAGCACCUUAUUAAAGAUAGUCAACGGCCAAUAACGGCUUUCCACACCAGUGUCCACAAUGAUGCUGAAAGGAAACUACUUCAUCGAGAAAAUCCACCCACCCACAUGAUUUUUCCACCACUUGGGAGCAUAGUUUUUGUCUUUCCCAGUGCAGCGACAGCGGCCUUUUGUUCGGGAGCGGCUGCUUUACACAACAAGGCUGUUUGGUGGCUUUCAACCAGGGUGGCUGCUGUUGUGGAUGGAUCAAGUGGACUUCAAACCCCCCCUUUUAGUGUUCACAUUAGGCAAACGUUCACUCCUGAAGUGUGAAUGAGUAUUUAGACAUGCCUAGAAAAGCCCCAAUCAAAAUGGCGUGGUCUCAAAAUGGACGCUCAGAUAAUCCACGCUCACAUAGCUUUCCCGUAUUUAGUUGUUUUUCCUCAUCCACUCAUCUUAUGGACAAUUACCCUUCAUGAAAGCCCUUUUCGUGGCUUGGUAGAGAACUUUGGGCGAUCCAGGAAACACAGUUCAGCGCUGGGAGGCAACACUGCUUCAGAUGGCAAACCCCCUUUGUACCCGAGAUCUUGUCUGGAGAGCAUUUGGUGGAGGCACAGAUGGCAAGAACAAUGGGCAAUGUUGGUAGAUAGCCGGGGUGGGCAAGAUACUGUUAGUAAAGUGGUUGUGGGAUGAUAAGUAUUGCUCAAUUUGGCGUAGUCAUUGAGUACAUUUAGCUUUUCUCAGAAACAUCACUAAAACUGUUAAAAUUGUAUACCUGUAGUAUCAUAUAAGUUGUUUGUCCCUAUAUAUGUCUUCCUGUCAAUACUGGAUUGCACUUGCUUGUUGUGAUGGGGUGGGCAGGGAACAUUUUGGGGAUCCUCUUGGGAACUGAGCACCCUGGCCAUGUUGGGAAGUGGGAGCCCAUGCUUGCCCCAACACCCAGCCGUGUGGACUCUGUGAUUGACAGAGGCAAGGGGAUCCUGAAGUCAGCAGGUCGUUCUCUUUCAUCUGUUGCAGCCAAAAACAGCUUCCGGAUAAGUGGCAGCAUGACAUGUUUGACAACGGCUUCAGUGGCUUCAGCGGCCCCGCUGGAGGUGGCGGAGGAGGCGGCGUUGAAACCGGGGGGAAGCCUCCUAGUCUCCAAUCUCGACUUUGGCGUGUCGGAUGCAGACAUUCAGGAACUCUUUGCUGAAUUUGGGACCCUAAAAAAGGCAGCAGUUCAUUACGACCGAUCGGGAAGAAGCCUGGGAACCGCAGAUGUCCACUUUGAAAGGCGAGCAGAUGCCCUGAAGGCCAUGAAACAGUACAACGGCAUCCCACUUGACGGGCGGCCUAUGAACAUACAGCUCGUCACAUCACAGAUUGACCAACAGAGGCGACCUAUGCAGGGUCUGAACAGAGGUGGUGGGGGUGGCAUGAACAGAAAUCGUGGAGCUGGCUUCAGAGGUGUGCAGAGAGGCCGAGGCGGACGUGGUGCUGGAGGUGGAGGAAGAGGUCGGGGGGGACGCGGAGGUACUGCCAAGCAGCAGCUGUCAGCAGAGGAGCUUGACGCCCAGUUAGACGCCUACAAUGCCAGGAUGGACACCAGCUAAGCAAUAUGACUCCUAUGGAUUGUUGUCCUUCCCCUCUGCACAGAAGGGUGGUUGUUACAAAUGUGCAGAUUAUUUUACACAUGGUUGUUUCUGGUGUGAUUGAAAAUUAUUGUUCCAACCUCCUCUUUUAAAUGCUCCGUGUUUUUUACCAGUAUUUCUUUUUUCUGAUGAAAAAUGGUUUUGUCUGUAGGUUCAUGUGGAUUGGGUUCGCCCAGUUUUUUUUUUCUCUACCCUGUAGUUAAUGACACUUGUAAUAAAACCUACAGUGCAUAUUAACCAAA